UCUCUAGUCCCCAGUUCCUCUGCGCUCCGAUUCUGCAAUUCUCCGAAUCAUCAUGUUUAUUGGCCUGCUAGUGGCCCAGACACGUGCAAAUUACAUGUGCCGAACCGUGCAUCAUCAGAUGGCGACAUGUUUUUCUCCAAACGCCUCGGUACACCGAACAAGCAAGCCUGAUACAAUCACCAGCACCAUGACCCCUCGCGAAGAGAUAAGCCGGGAACAUCCCUAUCUAGCAGGCAACUUUGCGCCCGUUACCAAGACUACGCCACCCGUUCCCAUUAGCUACACGGGAACUAUUCCCAAGGAGCUGCAUGGGGGCAUGUACGUCCGGAAUGGGGGGAACCCCAUCACCAAUUCGAAUUUGGGCCGCGAUGCCCACUGGUUCGAUGGCGAUGGCAUGCUCACGGGUGUGUGGUUUGAGCGGUCGAAUGAAUCGUCGACGGAAGCACCCAUUCCGCACUUUGUAAACCAGCUCAUUUUGACCGACCUGGCCAUCUCAAGUCUCGAUAACAAACGGUUGACGACCCCCAUUCUACCCAGCAUAGCCACUCUUGUGAAUCCCCUCGCCAGUCUUGCUCUAAUUGUAUGGAGGAUCCUUCGAAGCGUAUUUCUAGUGUUGUUGUCACAUCUUCCUGGAUCACCGCAGGCUAUCAAGAGGAUCAGUGUAGCCAACACAAGUAUCGUUUACCAUGAUGGCCGUGCAUUGGCAACCUGCGAAAGCGGACCUCCCAUUCGCGUCCAUCUCCCUGGGUUGGAAACCGUUGGCUGGUACAACGGCAAUCAAGCCGAAGGGGAAUUUCAAAAGGAAACAAACAAAGAACCCGGGUUUGGCGGGACUGGACUUAACAGCUGGAUGCGAGAAUGGACGACGGGCCACCCCAAAGUCGAUCCUACCACAGGCGAGAUGCUCCUCUUCCACUGCAACUUCCUUCCACCCUUUGUCCACUACUCCGUUGUUCCCAAGGAAGACGCAAGUUCACAGUCGACAAAGCUCCUCAACGCACCGGUCCCAGGCUGCUCGGGCGGAAAGAUGAUGCACGACUUUGGCGUGUCCAAGAAUCAUUCUGUAAUUCUUGACCUCCCCUUGACCCUUUCACCCUUCAACCUCCUCAAGAAUCAUCCCAUCGUCUCAUACGAACCCCACAUGCCAUCACGCUUCGGUGUCUUUCCCCGCCAUGAUCCCGACUCCGUACGCUGGUUCGAAACCAAAGGCUGCUGCAUCUUCCAUACAGCCAACACGUGGGACGAGCUGGAUGCUGAGGGGAACACUACCGCAGUCAACAUGCUCGCAUGCCGUUUGACAUCCGCAUCUCUCGUCUUCAGCGCUGGGAAUAUCGUGCCGCCGCCGAACCCAGAGCGGUCAACGCAACGCCCACUAUCCUUCUUCGCAAAGUACGACGACGAUGAAGCGGACGUGGACGUAGAGAAAGUACCACCCCCAACUUCCACCGAGAAGACGCCCCUUCUUCCUCCUUCGGCACACGCACCAUCCACACAAGCCUCAUCAUCUUCUGCCUACGGCAUUGGCGGCCCCGCACCACCCAUCCCCGACAACGACGAAGAAGAGCAGUGCCGUCUCUAUUACUACCGCUUCUCGCUCGACACUUCCUCAAGCAACAACAUCAUCACUCAUCAACACGCCCUCUCCAUCAUCCCAUUUGAAUUCCCAACUCUACAUCCCAGCAAGGAAAUGCAAGAUGCGCGCUACAUCUACGGCUGCAGCACCUCAUCAGCCUCGUUCGGCGCCGCGCUGGGAAAAGCCACCAAGAUCGACGUCCUUGUCAAAAUGGACGUGCAUUCCCUUUUAGCUCGCCAGCCAACUCCUUCCUCCUCUUCGACUGUAGGAUCCGAAGUCAACGCAGUAGUAGACCGUCGCAACGUCGAUGAAAUCCUAUCUUCCAACAACCCCCACGACGACAUCAAAGCCUUCCGCCUCCCCGAGCGCCAUUUCGCCCAAGAAGCGCGCUUCGUGCCUCGUCAGAAUGCCAGCGGCAGCGAAGAUGACGGAUAUCUCCUCUUCUACGUCUUCGAUGAGACGCAGUUAUCCCCUCUCCCCUCCUCUUCUUCUUCUUCUUCUCCUCCACCUACGAAGCAUGACCUAGACGCCCUACUUGAAUCCGCUACUUCGGAGCUGUGGAUCCUGGAUGCGAAGGAUAUGGCCACCGUGGUCUGCAAAGUCCAUUUACCGGCGCGUGUUCCCUACGGGUUACAUGGGAAUUGGUUCAGCGAGGCCGAGGUCAGCGGCCAGAGGGAUGUGAAGGCGUUUCGUUCGUUGAGAUGA